AUUCCUUUCUCUUCCUUUCACUGUCGUUUCUUUUCGAUUUCUUCUCCACCAAACAGACUUUCUCUCUCCCUGUAGAAUUUCUAGGGCUUCUCUCUCUGUAUCGGAAUCACCGAUCCUGCCAAAGCUCCGUCGUUAUCUUCACUACGCGGCAUUCACCGGCGGAGUUCGUCUCUGAAACCUAUUAAGCUUUGUAUUCUUUGUGAAGAAGAAACAUGAGCACGCAACUUUUGGAGAUUCAACCCAGGGAACUUCAAUUCGUUUUUGAACUGAAGAAGCAGCUCUCAUGCUCAGUUCGACUGACAAAUGACACUCACAAUUAUGUUGCUUUCAAGGUUAAGACUACUUCACCUAAGAAAUACUCUGUGCGCCCAAAUGUUGGUGUUAUUACACCAAAGUCAAAAUGUGAUUUUAUAGUUACAAUGCAAGCUCAACGGGAGGUUCCAUCAGAUAUGACAUGCAAAGACAAGUUCUUAAUCCAAAGCACAAUUGUUCCUGUUGGGACAACUGAUGAGGACAUUACAGCUAGCACGUUUGCCAAAGAUGAUGGGAGGUACGUUGAAGAGAACAAGCUAAAAGUUAUCCUUGUUAGCCCACCUCACUCGCCAGUGAUGUCACCAAUUAAUGGGACAUUGAAGCAAGGGCCAGCUUAUGAAGAGCCGAUGGUUAAAGAGCCAGUAUUCAGUAUCAGUAGAUUUGAGAGCUUCAAACCAGUUGCUAUGAGUGAGGAGUGCAAGAGUGUCAACUGUGAGAAUUUAAAGCCAAUAAUGGAUGAAGAUUUGAAGCAAGUGAAGGAUAUGGUUAAUGGCAAGGACAUAAAGGCAAUGAAAGACAAAGAAUUGCAACUGAGUAAUGGUGUUAAUGACCAGGAGUUGAAGCCAGUUAAAGAUGUGGAUUCUAAGCCAAAGGAAUUGCAACUGAGUAAUGGUGUUAAUGACCAGGAGUUGAAGCCAGUUAAAGAUGUGGAUUCUAACCCAAAGGAGGAUGUACUUGACACAGGUGAAGUAGAGACAGCGAAGAAUGCGGUAUUGACUUCUUUACAAGGUGAGGAUUUUAAAUUUGUGAAGGCUGAGGAGGAACAGAAGCUGGUGAAAGAUAUCGAGGAAAUGAAGUCAAAACUAAAUGAGCUUGAAUCAAAGUUAGGCGAGGCUGGAGUCACCAUUUCAAGGCUGACAGAAGAGAGGAGUGCAAGCAUUCAAGAGAGGAAAAAAUUACAGGAAGAGCUGGCACUGUUGAGGACAAAGACAGUCAGAAAAAGAGUUCAAGUUGGAUUUCCAUUCCUAUUUGUUUGCAUGGUAGCAUUCAUCAGUGUGAUUCUUGGAUACCUUCUGCGCUGCUAAAAAGAAAUAUGUUGAUGUAAGGCUAUUAGCAGAGACAAAUGUUCAGGAUCUGUUAAUACUUAGGAAAUUAGGAUAUAAAGAAGUUCCACUGCUAGUAUGCCUAAUGUCAGGGAGGGGAGAAAAUAGCUUUUUUAAAAAUUCGUUUUUAUUUUUACCCGAGGACCGUUAUAUGUUGCAAUUUUAAGCAAUGCUUUCUGCCAUCAAAAUUGCUUUUAAAAAGGAAUGAUUUGCUUGUAUUCCAGAGGAAAAUGUGACUUAAAUAUGAAUGUGAACUUGUUUUUUGUAGAUGAUUUCUGUCAAAAUAUAUUGAUAUUAAUAUC